UGACAACAAUGGGCGAUAGUGAGCAGGUUGAGUGGAAGUUUAUGAAAUUAUACCUUGCCGAUAUUGUAAAAACUAUUUCGAAUAAAUCUGCUACACGGAGAUCGAAAAGAAAACCGGUUGCCUAUCAUGAAGAACAACAGCCGGAGGUGGCCACUCCUCAAAGCUCCGAGAGGCAGCUGAGAACUCCUCAGAGAAACUCCCGGAGGCAAAGUCCCAGGACACGUUCUAGUGUUCUAAAAGAACAAGAGAGGGGCUUUUCUCCCGUGUCUGGUUCUGGGGAGGAGAGCGACAAGGAGCCCUCCCCACCGAAAAGGAGGAACGGAAUAAGCAGCUCCAAAAAGACAAGAACAAAGUCUCCAUCAAAGAAUUGUGGUGACUGUUCCGGGGCCGAGCCUGGUGAACAGCUAGAAGAGAGCACAAAAAGAAAAUGUAAAUAUAGCAACUCAAAAAAGAAAAGGACCAAUAUUCGCUGCAAGGAGGAGGAUGAUGACAAUUUGUCAGAUGAACAAACCGUGGUGGCUUCCCCCAGAAAAAGGAGGAGGCAAUGUCGUGACUUCGAUGUAUUUGAAGCGGAGACUGAAAAAUAUAAUACGGUGUCUGAGCCAUUGGAGGACGUUGUGGAGGAGGAGACUGAAGUGGCCUCUGCUUCUAAGAGGAGGAAGCAGCGCAGCCCCCCCCAAAGAACUACUCCUCGUGGAGAGAACAAAGCUGAAAGUGAUCAUUAUGAAUUGGGAGAACAGGCUGAAGAAACUCCCGCUAGAAAACAACGUAGCGAGUCUAAAAAGGUAAGAACCAGGCCUCCCUCUGAAGACGUGGUGGAAGUUGAAAGUGCCCACUUCAAGACGGAAGAACACGCUGCAGCUGAAGACACGACCCUCAGAAAAAGACAGAGGAGGUCUAAGAAAUCUAAAAAGAAGAGACCCAAGAGUCCUCCCAAGGAGGCCAGCGACACAGAGAGUGAUGGUGAAUCAGGCAAACAUAUUUCCAAGACCUGGCCUAAGGACUUCCACGAAGAAGAGCGUGACCAAGAUGCCAAGACUCGGCCUAAGGACCGAAGUGAGCAGAGUGACCAAGGCUCCCAGACUGAGUCUAAAGACUUAAGUGAAGAGGAGUGGCACUGUUCUGACCAUUCAGAGAAGGAGACUGAACACGAGGUGUUACCUGCAAAGACAAUUAAGUCAGAUUCUGAAACCGUCACCGUUAAAAAGAAAGGCAAAACGCAAGGUGCCAUGGGUUUGAAGGCACCAAGAACAAGAUUCACACCACCCGUAGAGAAAAGGAUAAGGGUGAAAACACUUCAUAUUUGCAGUUUCUGUGAAAAGGUCCUGCCGAACAGGGCUGCGCUGAGUAGGCACCUUCAGCGUCACACAGGGGAGAAGCCUUACCACUGUGAAGAGUGUGGCAAAGACUACGGCAGCAAAACCACCCUGAAGAUUCACAACAUGCAGGUUCACCACAAGGGGACCAAGGACUUCAUAUGCAAUGAGUGUGACCAACAGUUUACCCACCUCACGUACCUCAAACGCCACAUGUACUCCCACACGGACAAGGAAAAGAGGCCACACCUGUGCAAUGUGUGCGGGAAGCAUUUUAUCCAGAAGUCCCACCUGGACCGCCACAAGAUGAUUCACACCGGAGAGAAACCAUUCAGCUGCGAACACUGCGCCAUGGCCUUCAAUCGGCCGGAGUACCUGCGGAUGCAUCUGAAGCUGCACGUGUCGGGUAGUGAGGGGCCAAAUAUGGCAGAGCAAGAGAAGACAAAAGUGCACGGAGUGCAACAAGAGUUUUGUCAACCCAAAGUACCUCAACAUCCACAUGAGAAUGCACACUGGGGAGAGGCCAUACAAGUGUGAGCACUGUGCUAAGAGCUUCACCCAGACCAGUAUUCUCAAUGCGCACCGACGUACGCACACACGGGAGAAAAGCCGCUUCACCCGUCGCAGGUACCUGGAUGACCACAUAGGCAGAAAGCAUGGGUCUUUACUGCAAAUGAAGGAACAGGAGGAUGAGCAAUGACAACACUGGGUGUUGUGUGGUAAUGUAAUGUUACGGUGGGGUCUGGAAUUUUUGGAUGCCUUGAUAAAGAUGAGCAACAAAAGACUGUAUGAAAUAAAUGUAUGCAACAUUUUUGUAUUUAUUUUAGGGAUGGAUCCCGAUUUACAUAAUGGGUACCUGGAGGAAAAUGGGUCAGAGUCAUGCUUUUAAAAUUUCAGUCCAGAGGAGUGUUUAGUAUUUUUAGUCCUGGGGAGAUUGUGUUGUUAUUUGUAAUUGAUGAAAUGUCUGUAUUUCUCAGUGUUUUAGAAUGAGUUGCUUGUAAGUCUAUAUAUCGGCGUAAGUCUAUAUAUCGUCCGAUGCCGCCCCUCAUCUCCGAUUCUCUGCUGAGUGUGCAAUAUCAAGUGUUCCUGUAGGCUAUUUAGUCUGGUCUCAAUCAAAUGAUCCAUAGACUAUAGGCUGCGAAGUGCAUGCUGGGAGAAGCACAGAGCAAAGUUGUAUUUCUAAGAUAGCUGCUGAGAUGGUGUAAAUACAACUAGACUGCAUUCCACACUGCAGUGGAUAUUCCAACCCUGAGCCCCGGCCUGCUCUGCUCUUAUGGCUGUGUUGUUUAGGCCUAUGGUAGCAGUUCAAGGGGGGAGUCAUGGUUCUUCCGAAUGUUUGAUUUUUUUGUUGUUGUUGUUGAUUAGGCCUAGUAAAAAUCCUUCACCUGCACUUAUGGACUGCCCUCUUCAAUUCCGCAGGUUUUCAAUGGGGUUCAAGUCUGGAGACUUGAUGUUGAUUUUGUGGUCAAUAACCCAUUUCUGAGCGGAUUUUGAUGUGUGCUUGCGGUUAUUGUCUUGCUGGAAGAUCCACUUGCGGCCAAGUGUCAGCCUCUUGGCAGAGGCAACCAGGUUUUUGGGCUAAAAUAUCCCGGUACAGGGUAAAGUUCAUGAUGCCGUUGACUUUUACAAGGGCCCAAGGACCAGUGGAAGCAAUAUAAUCCCAUAACAUCAAAGAGCCACCACAGUGCAGUCCAUAAGCACAGAUGAUGGAUACCAAGGAUCUGGAAAGAUUCUGUAUGGAGGAAUGGUCUAAGAUCCCUUCCCAAUGUGUUCUCCAAUCUCAUAAAACAUUUUAGAAGAAGGCUCAGUGUUGUUGUCCUAGCUGGGGUAUUUAAAACAGGGGAUCCAAUCAUUUUGAUCCCAAUCUUUUUGAGAUGUUUUAUAUGUUAAACAAUCUCUUUCUCUGAGCAAAUGUAUUAGUAUAAAAUAAUAUACAUUUCAAUAUUUUUUUAGCAUACUAUAUAGUUAUGUCAUGCAUAAUGUGAAGGAAUAAAAAUGGAAUCUAGUCCUUGCAUACAGUUGCCUGGCUACCAAUCCACAUCCUUCCGACCAACUGAUGUUUCUUCUCCACUAUGAGUCUGGA